ACCGAAACGAUGGCCUCGUCGAAACACCUAUUUCUCAGUGACGAGGAGCUCGGAAAGAAAUAUGACGACCAUAACCGUCGCGACUCUAUAUACGGACUAUCAUUAGGGAGUUUCUGGAGGCGCUUUCCGCGACGAAGGCGCAUCGCCUUGGUUUUCUUCGUUGCCUUCGUCGUUUUCAUAUUUUGCAAACAUAUACCAACCCGAGUGGAAGAUGUCGGCCAAAGAUCGCAAUUUUUGGAUGAUCCAUGGUUGCGCCCAUCCCGUGAAACCAAUUUUGGAUCGGAGCCAGCUGAAAUAGACAGCACACCGGACGAGAAUGGCAUUAAAUAUUAUCGAGGACCUAUAGAGUUCGAGUCGCUGUUUGAAUCGCUAUAUUCAACUCGUAGCUUGAGUUAUGAUGCAGGUCAGGAAUCUGUUAUCUUUGCAACUGGGCAACUGAAGUCACUAGGCGAUAUGCUCCCCGUCGCAUGCGACAUGGCCGCGAGAAAGCGGAGUUCGGUCCAUCUCGCAAUUAUGGGGCGAGACGAGAUCCCCCUUGCUGAUAUCCAGAGAGCCAAUGGAUUCAGAGAGGAGGACUGCCCUGUAACAUGGCACGAGUUAAGCGUCAAGGCUGCUUUGGUUCACAUGUAUCGGAUAUUAGCUCCUCGAGUUUUCAUUACCCGUGACAUAGAAUUUAAAGAAGCGUUUUUCAUCGACGCGAUUGAGCUUCGGGCCUUUCAACUGGGAAUAACGCAUAUCAGCUUACCCAGCCCGCUCUCUAAUUUUAAAUGGAUUGCAGAUUUGGAUGCCUUUUCUCUUGAAGCCUGGAAUGACGUGCACACGGAAAUACUCAUUAAUGUCCAACCGAACUCUUCAGGGGGCCCCAGGAAACUACUCAGAUCUCUCCAAGAGGCAGAUUACUUCGGGCCGGCCCCGGGGUUAACCAUUGAAUUGCCUGUUGAUGCUGACCCGACUUUGCUUUACUUUCUCAAAAAUUUUCGCUGGCCGCCCAAGACAGCUCACCGUCAGUUUACUCUUCGGCGAAGAAUCUCACCCUCUGUCCUGACGUCACAAGAGGCUGCAGUCAGAACAGUGGACUCCUUCUACCCGAAGAACCCCAACCUUUCCCAUGUCGUUCUGGUUUCCCCAGACACAGAAUUGGCACCUUCCUUUUUCCAUUUCCUCAAAUAUUCCCUCUUGAAGUAUAAAUAUGGCGACAGUGAAAAUUCUCCAGGCCACCUGUUUGGCGUCUCCUUAGAGCUGCCCUCUUCUCGUCCAACAGACGGGAAACCAUUCUCAGUACCCAUGGCUAUAUCAAGUCCUAAUCUGUCCAAAGGGCGGUCUGCUGAGAUUCCAACAUUGCUGUGGCAGAUACCUGACAACAAUGCUGUACUGUAUUUUGGAGAUAUGUGGGCAGAAUUCCAGUCGUUCCUGUCCCAUCGACUAUCUACAUCUAUACAAAAGAAAGGAAAGGACGUCCAUAAAGUUAUCAUGAAAUCAUACCCUUCAUGGAUGGACUAUAUGCUUGAAUUCAUGCGUGCUCGUGGUUAUUACCUUGUCUACCCGGCAUUUGCUGUCCAAGAUGAUCUCGCCAUAGCGACGGUCCACAAUGAGCUACACCGGCCUCCCGAGGAAUAUGACGACCCAACCCAAAGACAAGUGAAACCGAACUUUGAGGAGAAGGAUCUCGCUCAUUCCCCUUCAACCUUGUCUACGUUAUUGGACGUCUAUCCAGGAAUGCUUCCAGACAUCCGCGAGCUUCCAGUGCUGCCGUACACAGGGGAACUAACGCACGAUGACAAAUCCACAAAUGAACAAGUUUCGUUUCUUCAAACGUUUAGGAAAGAAAUAGGCGGCUGUACUAACAGUGACGAGAAGCCGGAGAGCGUUCCGCUCAAAGCUGAUGAUCUUUUUUGCAUUGAAGAGGAACCGAUAUCCAUAGAGGGUGUCGAAAUUUCUGCUUAA